GUUGAGUCCUUGCACAAGAAUCGUCUGUUGCGGUCUAUCUAUACGGAGCUCUGACGGGCUACCAGGAGGAUAGACUGAGUCAGCAUGGCCCAAACAACACUGGUAGUACUGGCCGUAGUGAUGAUGACGUCACCCGUGCCUCUGCAAGGGUUCUCUACGGUCAACCCAGGCGUCGACCGGAAAACCCGAAAUCCAGAAGUUCACGAGACAACCCAACAUCUUCUCAAUCCGUUCGACCUUCGUCGACCCCCUCCUUCAAGAGAGAGAUGUCCCGCUCACAGCCACAUGGUACAAUGCCGCGACAGGCUGUGUCGUCGCACCUGCACAGACCCCGAGCCCGUGUGCCUGGAGUGCCCGUUGGGCUACUCAUGUGUGUGUGACGAGGGUUACCUCUGGCACAACGGCGUGUGCGUCCCACGACUUAAGUGUGAAGAGACGACAGAGUCUGAGGAACUUCAGCUGGAGAUUAACCAGCUGGCACGUGACCUUCCCCAGACUCUAGAAGAGCUGGGACUGACCAGUGUUGUGCAGCACGUACAGGAGCUCAAGACUAAUGCUACCGAGGUUUCAAGCAGCAGCGGGUGGUGGCGUAGCGCACAUGACUGCCACUGCGGGAGGGAGGCAGAUUUCAACCGGCUGGGCCAACGGGCGUGUGACAGUGAAUGUAACAGCCGUUGUCCUGGCAAUUUGCGCCGGAAGUGCGGUGGGAGGUUCAAAAUGUCCGUGUACAAGAUCGACGCAGUUCCCAGUUGUGAGGACGGGCCUCGGCAGGUUUCUCCCCACUGGUACCAGACUGGCAACACGACCCUGCUGCAGUACCGCGGAGAACCGCAAGACCGUCCCUUCGCCUUCACAACUCCGGCUCUGGAUGGGAAGACUGUACACAUUCAAAGUACACUGGAGAACAUGACGGCAGACAUCCAUGGCUUCCCGAGUCAUUACCCUGCUACCACUGCAGAGGGCAUGCCUGACCUGGUCCCAGACUACACCGCCCUGCUAGCCUCUCUCCAGGCCCCGGGGCUGCGGCUGACGGCAGGGACUAACACGGUGUUGGAGCUGGACCAACACUUCUCCAUCCAGUCCUACCCCUGUAGUCUGGAGUACAACCCUGCUAUAAACGGGCGGGGAAGAAGAGCAGUUACAGUGAGGAUCAUAGUCGUCAGUGAGGAUCCGUAUGAAGUGAUGGUGGAAAUCAUAUGUUAUUGAGUAGCCUGACUAAAUAUCAAACCAAGUUAUAACUAACUUUAUGUCCUACCUGGGCCGCGAUUACGUUCGAUACGGGUGUUCCGGCCCGUGUGAUAACUAGCGGUACGGCCCGGGGUUCUUUACGC